AAUUGUUACGUCAUAGAUUAAUGCCCAUGGAACACCUGUUGAAAAAAGAUACAAGCAUACACACACAACUGCUCCAUCCUCUGUCUACAGGCAAAAAAAACCCAGUGACAUUCAUCUGUGAAAAAACCUUUGUCCACAGGAGGGCGUUAAUACUGGGAAAAGGGGAAGGAAGUGAAACACAUCAUUCAUUCGCCCUCGGCUUGGAUAGAGGGUUGAUGUUCUUAUGGCCCGCAUCUGUUAAAAUGGUGUCCACUCACUGCUUGUCGCUUGCAGCCAAGUCGAACGAACAGCGUCAACAUGCCGCAGCCCAAAGUCAAACUGGUGGUGACGGGAGACGAUUUUGGGUACUGUCCGAGAAGAAAUCGCGGGAUAGUGGAAUGUUUCCUGAAAGGCGGUGUGUCCAACGUGUCGCUGUUGGUCAAUGCCACAUCGGCGAUGGAUGCCGCAGAGUUGGCGAAGAGACAUCACAUACCCAUUGGACUCCAUGCGAAUCUCUCUGAAGGUUCCCCAGUGUCUUUGUGCCUGAAAGGCUCUUCGCUCCUGAACGAGGAGGGCUAUUUCCAUGGGAAAACUGGAUUCCGGAAGGCCCUACUAAGUGGGCAACUCAACAUGACUGAGGUGGAGCAGGAGUUGCGUGCGCAGGUGAAGCGUUUCUGUGAGUUGGUGGGCCACCUGCCCUUCCACAUGGACGGACACCAGCACGUGCACGUCCUGCCAGAGGUGAGAGAGGUGUUUGCGCAGGUGGUUGCCGACUUUGGCAUCCAGUACACCCGCAUCCCAGUGGAGCCCGGCCUUCACACCUGCCCCCUCAUCCCCCCUCACCUGCGGGACUUCUACAUCCAGGUGCAGAACGAUGCUCUGUCGUCCGUGGAGGUGUUCCAACGCCAUGGCAUCAGGUGGCCCGAUGUCUACCUGGGCUUGACGACCAUGGGCCAAAACAUGUCAGUGCCCAACAUCAAGCAGGCUCUGAGCUACGCACUGGGAGCCAACGGCCUAACGAGCGCCUUCACCACACCCUUAGGCACGGGUGCAGCAACCGAGGAAACGCCGCCCGUGCCAAAGACUGACCGUCCAAUCACAGCUGAGCUGAUGGUCCAUCCGGGACACCCGAGCCAGCCUCCAGAGGGGGGCUGUGGCCAGGGCCCCGAUGACUUCUCCCAGUCUGAGGACCGGCAACAGGAACUGGACACUCUGACUGACCCCACCCUGCUGGCCUACUUCAAGCAAGAGAGCAUUCAGCUUUGUGCCUUCAGGGAUCUUUAGAGGUAUAGUAUGUGUUUUUUAGUCGUUCGUUUUCAACAUGUAUGCUGUCCAUUCACAAAUUUGAUCUUUUCAUGAGUAUUUACUAAGUAAUCAUCUAAUAUUUACUGGUCUGCCUUCAGUUCUCAAGUCAUGCAGCCAAAUGUGUGUUUUUUUCUUCUUCAAUUUACUGGAAAUUCAAAAUGGCAGACACAGAAAAGAUUUACCUUUUCAUGUAAGAAACGUGUCAUUUUCCCACGCACAAUGAAUACAAAUGAUGGUAAAUAUUUAUGAAGAAGUUAACAUUCGUGAAUGGGCAGCAUGAAUUCUGGAAAUAAACUUCUAAAAAACCCUCUACCUUUAAAAUAAUGCUGCUCACGUUGAAACACACCAAAUAAGUAACAUACUGACCAAAAAACUAAGUGAAAAAAACACCUCAGUUGUUUCUACUGUUUGUUGAGCACAUUUUGAAUCCCUUAGUAUACCAUAGUAAGACAUGAGGUGCUAGCUAGGCACCUGACACUACUGUAACCUCAUGCUGUAAGCCAAAUCUUGAGCCAUGUAGAGGCCUCCGUGAUGCCAAGUGUACAGUAGAUAGAGGAACACUUGCCAUGAUGAAGCCAUUUCACUUUUGAAGGCCUGCUAGUGAGACUAGUGCAUCCAAAUGGAAUGAAGGUAGGGCCAUGAAAUGUCCUUGUCUGAUAAUUUUAUAUGUAUUUUUUAGUGUUCAAAAACAAUGUAUUUAUAUUAUUUCAGAGAUUUUAAACUGUCACAGUUAGAAGUUGAAUAAAUUAAUUCUUGUUGAAAUAUGAA